GGGAGGGCAGGAGGGAGGCUGCAGGCCGCUGUAAUGGCGACUCUCUGUGUCUGAUCCGAGUCUCAGCUCAUUGCAUCCGCGCGGUUCCUCACAGAUCAUCGGGGUUUCUCUUUAAUCUGCGAGCUUCAGAGAGAUUUAAAGGAAAACAAUAAGGCAGGUUGGAAAUAUUCGUUAAAUGAGCAGCGGGAGGAAUAACAGAGUGAUGAUGGAAGGAGUGGGCGCUCGAGUAAUCCGCGGCCCGGACUGGAAGUGGGGGAAGCAGGACGGCGGUGAGGGACAUGUAGGCACCGUGAGGAGCUUCGAGAGCCCGGAGGAGGUGGUCGUGGUCUGGGAUAACGGUACCGCGGCGAACUACCGCUGCUCCGGGGCCUACGACGUCCGGAUACUGGACAGCGCGCCUACAGGUAUCAAGCACGACGGCACCAUGUGUGACACCUGCAGGCAGCAGCCCAUCAUCGGCAUCCGCUGGAAAUGUGCCGAGUGCACCAACUAUGACCUCUGCACCACCUGUUACCAUGGAGACAAACACCACCUAAGACACAGGUUCUACCGCAUCACCACGCCAGGCAGCGAGAGGGUCCUUUUAGAAUCUCGGCGCAAAUCCAAGAAGAUCACAGCGCGAGGAAUUUUCACAGGAGGUCGUGUGGUGCGAGGGGUGGACUGGCAGUGGGAGGACCAGGAUGGAGGAAACGGCAGGAGAGGAAAGGUGACGGAGAUCCAGGACUGGAGUGCUGCGAGUCCUCACAGUGCCGCUUACGUCCUCUGGGACAACGGGGCCAAGAACCUUUACCGGGUCGGCUUUGAGGGCAUGUCGGACCUAAAAUGUGUGCAAGAUGCAAAAGGGGGAACUUUCUACAGAGACCACUGUCCAGUCUUGGGUGAACAGAACGGGAACAGGAACCCCGGCGGCCUGCAGAUCGGAGACCUGGUCAACAUCGACUUGGACCUGGAGAUCGUCCAGUCUCUGCAGCACGGCCACGGCGGCUGGACGGACGGCAUGUUCGAGACGCUCACCACCACGGGCACGGUGUGCGGCAUCGACGAGGACCACGACAUCGUCGUCCAGUAUCCCAGCGGCAACAGGUGGACGUUUAACCCGGCCGUCCUGACCAAAGCGAACGUGACGCGCAGCGGCGAGGUUCCGGCCGGCGCUGAAGGAGGAAGCUCCCAGUUCAUGGUGGGGGAUCUGGUGCAGAUCUGUUACGACAUCGAUCGCAUUAAACUGCUGCAGAGGGGACAUGGAGAGUGGGCCGAGGCCAUGCUGCCGACUCUGGGGAAGAUGGGCCGUGUGCAGCAGAUCUACUCUGACAGCGACCUGAAAGUGGAAGUUUGCGGCACGUCCUGGACCUACAACCCGGCCGCCGUCACUAAAGUGGCUUCUGCUGGUUCUGCAAUUACUAACGCAUCUGGAGAGCGUCUGUCCCAGCUGCUGAAGAAGCUGUUUGAGACUCAGGAGUCUGGAGACAUUAACGAAGAGCUGGUGAAGGCUGCGGCCAACGGAGACCUGGCCAAAGUGGAGGAUAUCCUGAAGAGACCGGACGUGGACGUGAACGGGCAGUGCGCAGGACACACGGCCAUGCAGGCGGCGAGUCAGAACGGCCACGUGGACGUCCUCAAGCUGCUGCUGAAACACAACGUGGACCUGGAAGCUGAGGAUAAGGACGGAGACCGUGCCGUUCAUCACGCCUCGUUCGGUGACGAGGGCUCAGUCAUCGAGGUCCUGCACAGAGGCGGAGCCGAUCUCAACGCCAGGAACAAGCGUAGACAGACGCCGCUGCACAUCGCCGUCAACAAGGGUCACCUGCAGGUGGUGAAGACGCUGCUCGACUUCGGCUGCCACCCCAGCCUUCAGGACUCGGAGGGAGACACGCCUCUCCACGACGCCAUCAGCAAGAAGAGAGACGACAUGCUGUCCGUUCUGCUGGAGUCCGGCGCCGACGUCACCAUCACCAACAACAACGGCUUCAACGCUCUCCAUCAUGCAGCGCUGCGGGGGAACCCCAGUGCCAUGCGCGUGCUGUUAUCCAAGCUGCCACGGCCAUGGAUCGUGGAUGAGAAGAAAGACGACGGCUACACUGCCCUUCACCUGGCUGCACUUAACAAUCACGUAGAGGUGGCAGAGCUUCUGGUCCACCAGGGAAGUGCCAGUCUGGACAUACAGAACGUAAACCAGCAGACGGCGUUGCACUUGGCCGUGGAGCGGCAGCACACGCAGAUUGUCCGGCUGCUGGUGAGAGCCGAGGCCAAGCUGGACGUGCAGGACAAGGAUGGGGACACGCCGCUGCACGAGGCCCUCCGUCAUCACACCCUGUCCCAGCUCCGGCAGCUCCAGGACAUGCAGGAAGUCAGCAAAGUGGAGCCCUGGGAGCCUUCCAAGAACACGUUGAUUAUGGGACUGGGGACUCAAGGAGCAGAGAAGAAGAGCGCCGCCUCAAUCGCCUGCUUCCUGGCAGCUAACGGCGCCGACCUGACCAUCCGCAACAAGAAGGGCCAGUCUCCGCUUGACCUGUGCCCCGACCCGAGCCUGUGCAAAGCCCUGGCCAAGUGCCACAAGGAAAAGAGCAGUGGGCAGGUGGGCUCGCGCAGCCCGUCUCUCAACAGCAACAGCGAGACCCUAGAGGAGUGCAUGGUGUGUUCGGACAUGAAGCGGGACACGCUGUUCGGGCCGUGUGGCCACAUCGCCACCUGCUCGCUGUGCUCUCCUCGCGUCAAGAAGUGUCUCAUCUGUAAAGAGCAGGUCCAGUCCAGGACCAAGAUUGAAGAGUGUGUGGUUUGUUCGGACAAGAAAGCAGCCGUACUCUUCCAGCCCUGCGGUCACAUGUGCGCCUGCGAGAACUGUGCCAAUCUGAUGAAGAAGUGCGUACAGUGUCGGGCGGUGGUGGAGCGCCGUACUCCUUUCGUCCUGUGCUGCGGAGGGAAAGGUAUGGAGGAUGCCACUGAUGAUGAGGACCUUACAGGGAGCUCUAACUCAGUGGCAGGGGGGUCGCAGGAUCUUCUCCAGCCCAACAAUCUGGCGCUAAGUUGGUCCAGCGGAAACAUCCCAGCCUUGCAGAGGGACAAGGACAACACAAACGUCAACGCAGACGUGCAGAAGCUCCAGCAGCAGCUCCAGGACAUUAAAGAGCAGACCAUGUGCCCGGUGUGUCUGGAUCGUCUGAAGAACAUGAUCUUCAUGUGCGGCCACGGCACGUGCCAGCUGUGCGGGGACCGCAUGAGCGAGUGCCCCAUCUGCCGGAAGGCUAUUGAGAGGCGGAUCCUGCUGUACUAGCGCUCGCUCCAGGCCUCUGGCUCCUUCCUGCUUCUCACCGCAGUACCCACUCCUGUGGCUGACGCUCAUCAGUGUUACAUCCUUUCUUUCUUUCUGUUUUUUUUUUUAUUAUUUUUUUUAAUGGUCUUAAAGCAACCAUCUGGACUCAUGUUUUGCUACAUCAUGGCUUAUUCUCUAUGGUUCAUUACAAGCUCAUUGUAUAGUGGAUGAGGAAACCAU